AUGUCUUCCGGAUGGUUUAGCAAAGGCAGCGAGCCUGCACGCUCGCCGGACGUACAGAUUCGGAUCGCGGAUCGCGAGCCAAACAACUUCUAUUUACCUAGCUCUAACAAGAGCACGCUACCACACGCGCCGCCAGCGGCAACCGUGGACCACACACAUUCGCUCAAUCAUGUGCAGAAUGCCUCGCUUUUCGAUGUUGGCAUCUUGAGAGAUACGCUGGCACCGAGUCUGGGACUGCAUUCAGGAUUAGCUAUAAUUGCAUGGGGUGCUGCAAACUACACAGGACGCGUUGAAGCAAAGGACUGGCUGUGGCCCAGCGGACAGGUUGUCAAUGCUUGGUGGUCUGCCGUCGGACGUCGCCUGUACCAGGGACUCACGUUGUCGCAAGCUUUGCAUCGCCUCUCGUGGCAUGAGCGACUCGUGUUGACUGGCGUCACACUAUGGGGCGGCAGGCUAUUCUACCGCAUCGCACGUCGAUCGAUCCAACGAGGAGAAGAUGACCCUAGAUACGCUCAAGUCAAGCGUGACCAAGACUUCUGGAUCAAGUCACUUUUUACCACGUUCCUCCCCGAGGCUUUCUUCCAAAUGCUUAUUUCUCUGCCAUUCACUGCACCUUUCCGACACGAAGGAGCAGUUCUGAUGGGCUACCAUCCCAUCGUGCAGAUGGCUGCCGUGGGCCUCUUCUCCACUGGCUUCGCCAUGGAGACGUUGGCUGAUUACCAGCUGGAUCAGUACAAGGCCGAAGGUGGUACUGGUAUCUUGAAAGAAGGCGUAUGGAGCAUCGUGCGCCACCCGAACUAUCUCGGCGAUGCUUUCGUCCACCUUUCCUUCAUCGUUCUGCUUUACGGUUCUGACAUGCUUGCUCCCGUCGAGCUGCUGGGCCCGCUCGCGAACUACGUUUUCCUGCGAUACUUUGGCGGCGACGCGCAAAAGGAGACAUAUCAAACGCGCCGCUACUCCGAAUCGCACCCUGCCAAGUUUGCUGAGCUGCAGAAGUUCCGCGAGGAGAAGAAUGCGUUUUGGCCGCAGACAAAGGAGCUCACGAACAGGUGGCUUUGGACUGUUGUUGGAGUUGGAGCUGCAACCGUGGCUGUCGAAGAGUUCCUCCGGACUUUCCACUAG